GUACACUAAUCGUUUGAAGAAAGUUCACCAUAAAUAUUGUGAGCUUCUAGAAAAAAACCCAUACAGUGGAAGGUUGACUUACUCAAAACUUGAUUUUUCUGAUUCAGAAUAUAAUGAAAUUAACAGAGCCAUCAGCAAAAAGUAUAAAAAUAAUAAGAAAUUCCCUAGUUAUUCAGAAAUGGAAACAUUCAUCAAGAAAAUUGCUGAAGAAAACAACCUGGAAUUGAGUGAUUCUAAAAUUAAAUCAGAAAGCAUUCAUUGUUUUAAAAAAUUAGGGGAGCUUUUACAAAAUAGAAGAAGACGUGAACUUUAUGAUUCUCAUUAUAUGUUCAUAAAAGAGAGUACUGAUCCUGCCAAAAACGACCCAUCUUUAAAUUUGGUCUUGACAGAACAAUAUUCAGAAGGACAAAAUAAAAUUGAAAAAAUUGUUCAAGAAUAUGUAAACAAGCAAGAAAAUAAUACAGAAGUGAGUGUGAGCAAUGAAGAAAGUUCUGAUGAAAGUAAUGAUGCAGGCACUGAAGGGGAAGAAGAUGUAGAGAUCGUAAAUGGAUCAACUUGAUUAAAUUCAUUUAAAAUACAUUGUUUCAUACUUUGCCUGUAAUAUAAUUAUAUUUUUUACUUAUCACAA